UGGAUUCCUGUCACCAAGCUGGGCCGCCUGGUUAAGGACAUGAAGAUCAAGUCCCUAGAGGAGAUCUACCUGUUCUCCCUGGCCAUUAAGGAAUCUGAGAUUAUUGACUUUUUCCUGGGAGCUUCCCAAAAGGAUGAGGUUCUGAAGAUCAUGCCUGUGCAGAAGCAGACUAGGGCAGGCCAGCGGACCAGGUUCAAGGCUUUCAUCGCUAUUGGGGACUACAAUGGUCACGUAGGUCUCGGUGUCAAGUGCUCCAAGGAGGUAGCCACUGUCAUCCGAGGGGCCAUCAUCUUGGCCAAGCUUUCCAUUGUCCCUGUGCGGAGAGGUUACUGGGGGAACAAGAUUGGCAAGCCCCACACUGUUCCUUGCAAAGUGACAGGCCACCUUGGUUCUGUGCUGGUGCGUCUCAUCCCUGCCCCCGGAGGCACUGGCAUAGUCUCCACUCCUGUGCCCAAGAAGCUACUGAUGAUGGCUGGCAUUGAUGACUGCUACAUAUCAGCUAGGGGCUGCACUGCCACCCUGGGCAACUUUGCCAAGGCCACCUUUGAUGCCAUCUCCAAGACCUACAGCUACCUGACCCCCGACCUCUGGAAAGAGACUGUGUUCACAAAGUCUCCUUAUCAGGAAUUCAUUGACCAUCUUGUGAAAAACCACACUAGAGUCUCUGUUCAGAGGACCCAGGGUCCAGCUGUGGCAACCACAUAA